CAAGGUCUUGUCUGAUAGAGGUUAGAGACAAAUUGUGGAGAUGUCUGUUCUGCAGGAGAUCAGUUCAAAUGUGAGGAACAUGAAGCAGUUAGAGUAUGCAAUCCUGGCCAGACGAGUAAACCAGAUCAAGGAGGGGCUCAAGCAGGGAGUGAGAAAGCCCUACAAAGAAAUUAUAGAUGUCUCCUGGGGUGACCCACACAGGGCAGGCGUGAAACCUCUGUCAUUUGUCCGACAGGUUGUUACAGCAUGUAUUUACCCUCAGCUUAUCAACAGCAACAAACUGCCUGCGGACGUCAGACAGAGAGCUCAGAGGCUGCUGGGGGAAUGUGCUGGAGGGAGUGUAGGUUCCUCUACAGCUACAGCGGGUAUACCAGAACUAGUCCACAGAGUCUCUGACUUCAUAAUGAGACGAGAUGGUGGGGCUCCGUCUCACCCUGAAAACAUAUACAUGAGCUCAGGCGCACAGUGGGCGCUAACGAACAUCCUCAACGUGCUGGUGAACAGAGAGGCUUCAACCAGAACAGGUGUUUUAACUCCAGGGCCAUGCUACAGCAUUACCAAUUUGUCCAUAAUGGAACUGGGAGCGGUCAUCGUUCCCUACUACCUGAAUGAGGAGCAGGGCUGGGAGCUGCAGGUAGAGGAGCUACAUCGAGCGCUGGAAUCUGCAAAGGGAGUCUGUAACCCUGUUGCUCUGUAUGUCAUCAACCCUGGAAAUCCAUCAGGUCAUGUUCAAAGCAGAAAAUCGAUGCAAGAGGUGAUCCGGUUUGUUUCUGAGAAGAGGCUCUUCCUUCUGGCUGAUGAGGUUUAUCAGGACUGCGUCUACGGGGAAAAGAGUGAGUUUGUCUCCUACAAGAGGGCUCUGAUGGAGAUGGGGCCUCCUCUUUCAGACACAGUGGAGCUGGCGUCCUUCCACUCAGCGUCCAAGGGCUUAAUGGGAGAGUGUGGUCUGCGUGGCGGAUAUGUGGAGCUGGUAAAUCUGGACCGUGCUGUCAUGAAAUACAUCCACAAUCUUUUCUCGAAAGACAGCUGUGCCCCUGUGUUGGGUCAGCUUGCCCUGGAUCUGAUGUUGAACCCUCCACAACCAGGAGAUCCCUCAUACCCUCUGUAUAAUGCGGAGAUACAACACAUCAGGAGCACGCUGGCUCGUAAUGUGAAGAGAGCCUGUGAGGUUGUGAACAGUCUCCUGGGUUUCUACUGCCAACCAGUGGAGGGAGGAGCAUUUGCGUUCCCCAGAGUGUAUCUUCCACCUAAAGCCAUUCAGAAAGCCAAGGAAGUGGGAAUGAAGCCAGAUACGUUCUACUGUAUGAGACUGCUAGAGGAGACUGGUCUGUUGGUCAGUCCUGGUUCUGAGUACAGGCAAAAGGAGGGCACCUACCACAUCAGAUUUUGCAUUAUUACAUCUGAAGACAUCAUGGAGGAAUUACUGAAACGCCUGAGCAGCUUUCACACACAAUUUAUGAAGGAUUUUUCUUAGAUAAAGUGACUUAAGCA